CAUGGCCUCCUCUCUCUCUCUCUCUCUCUCCUCCCCCCUAUUUAUACGCUCCCCACUCUCACCCACUCUUACUCAUUCCCCAUACGAGAGCAACACAACACCUCCUCCUCUCUCUCUCUCUCUCUGUCUCUCUCUCUCUCUCUCUCUCUCUCUCUCUAAACACACUUGAAUCUUACAAAACCCCCCUUGAGAAAAAACGUAACCACGAAAAAGUACAGGCCCAAAAACAUGGACUCGACAGUAGCCAAACGUACUUGGCACAUGGUACGUGCGGUGUACUACAUGUUACGCAAGGGGAUCAACAAGAGAAAGAUCAUGAUGGAUCUCCAACUCCUGCUCCACCGCGGCAAGAUCGCCGGAAAAUCCCUCCGCCACCUCAUGUCCUUCCACCACCACCACCACCACCACCACCACCCCGCUGCCGCCUCCGCCGCCUUUUCGUGCCUCUACGUAGACCCUAAGGCCUCGUUCCACGCGCCGAGAGACGUCGAAUUCAGCUGCAGCAACACCCCCGCGUCGUACCCGCGCUUCUACGUGGGGAAGCAGAAGCACAAACACCCCCGCCACGAUCACGCGGCCGCGGAGAUUGCGAAGGUGUUCGAGAUACUCAACGCGGAAGACGCGGGGGAGUGCGUAUCGGCGGCUGCGACGCCGUCGCCCUCGCCGUUCGUGAGGCAGCUGAGGAUAACGGAUUCGCCGUUUCCGUUGCGGGAGGAGGAGGGGGAGGUGGACGGGGCCGUGGAUAGGGAUGCCGAGGAGUUCAUAAAGCGGUUCUACGAGCAGCUGCGCCUGCAGCCGAGAAGUGUUGGCUCUACGCCCGAGUGUAGCAGGUUCGGGCGCCGCAGGACGUUGGUGGGCCGAAAUUGAGUUCGAACCAGAAAGGAAUUAAUAUUGGGUUCGAGUCAGAAUGCUGCAUGGAUUCAUACUUUUAAUCUAUGUAUAUUUGAGUUGGCUUUUGUUCUGCACGGAAUGUGGGUAUACUAUAAAAAGCCUGCGAAAAUUAUAUAAUGUAGAGUUAUCUCUUUGCUAUUUUUUUUCCCCCUUUUUUUUUUAAUGAUAUAGGUUGGGUUGUUAUGAAUUUUGAGCUUUUAAAUAAAAUAAACACUUUCGUUUUGUUGUA